GCGGCGGCGGUGGCGGGCGCCGAGCGGGAGCCGAGCGCGCGCGCCGUGCCCGUGCCCUCCCGCCCCCCCGUCCCGUCCCGUCCCAUCCCGUCGCCAUGUCGGAGGAGAAGCCCAAGGAAGGCGUGAAAACGGAGAACGACCACAUCAACCUGAAAGUGGCGGGGCAGGACGGCUCGGUGGUGCAGUUCAAGAUCAAACGGCACACGCCGCUGAGCAAGCUGAUGAAGGCGUACUGCGAGCGGCAGGGCUUGUCCAUGAGGCAGAUUAGAUUCAGAUUUGAUGGACAACCAAUUAGUGAAACGGACACGCCUGCACAGCUGGAGAUGGAGGAUGAAGACACUAUCGAUGUGUUCCAGCAGCAGACGGGUGGAGCGUGCUAAGGCAUGUGCCGUCCCUGCGAGAAGAGGAGCUUAAGGAUCCUCGUCACACCUCACUCUCUCAUCUGUCCUGGGAUUUGCUAUUAAAUAGUAAACAAAUGAACAUGCCAAUCACACAGGAUUCUUCUCAACUUUUAGAGGACAUUUACCAAAAUUGCUUGUUGUCUUUGACGUACUGUGUGUGCAAGUCAAAAGGGUAUCUGCAGGGAUUAAUCUAGAUCUUAAAUUGGGCCAAUUUGAUUUCAGUUCAGAUUUAAGUAAUAUGUGUUGUCUCUCUGCUGUUAUCUUGGGGUGUUUUUUUUUUUGUCUUUAAACCUGUGGCCUAAAUCCUCACCCCUGUGUGAGGACAUGGAGCAUUCAUUCCUGGCUCUGGCCAGUCUUGCCCCCUCUGUCCAAUUCUAAUCGUGUAAAUAAUUCAGUAUAUUUUCAUGCCAAUUGUGAGUGUAAACGUUUCCUUUUAAGAAAAGCCGAGGAGAAGGAACGGAGGUGCUGACUCAGAGGGUUUUUUAGUGUGUGUUGCACGUGGGGGAGCCUCUGGCAGGAGGCUGGGCCAGGCAGAGACAACGCUUUGUGGGGAGCUGGCGGUUAAAACAGUGCAGAUUUACAUGUGCUUUGUCAUAUUAUGAUAAAGUUGUCUGAAAUAUACUUUUUUAAUGCAGAA